UUGACAGCGGUUAGGAGUCACCGCUAUCGAGCCUCUGUCUGAUAAGAUUUGCCCAUCACUGACGCUGAUAACUGGCUUAAUGAAAUCUUUGUAUCUCGGAUUGUGGGUCGAGAGUCGAGGCCCAAUAUGCGACUCAGUAGAAUUUAACAGUGUCUAAAUGUAGUCAUUAUUUUCAUUUGAUAGGGCUUAUCAAAAAGGCUUAACUAGGACAAGUGCUUAGGUUUUCUUAUACAUACAAAAUAUCAAAUUAUGGAAAGUAUCUUAAGUUGCAAACUUCAAAUGACCGUUUUAAACAAUCGGAAAUGCUCAUGAGUUCUAUGGGCGACAUUUUCAGCAAUCGGGGAUUGUGCCGUUCGCCACAAUUGGUCCCUGUGUUCGCGCCUGCGGCUGGUGGGUUGAAGAGUAAAGCGGGGACAGUGCAGAGAGCGCACUCGCAAACCUGCUAACUAACCGCAGACCAAUCAUCACUCACAGGACUUGAAGCAUCGCGAAAACUAGCUCAGUGCGGUUGGUAUGCAAUCUAAACGAGCAAAAAACGGUCGGGUGAUCGUUCUUGUGGCCGCUGGGGUUAUAAUCGUUGGUAUAUCUUGCUUAGCAGCCGGAAUCGCGCUGAUGGUAAAAUAUUCAGUAAAGAAGCAAAGCAAAACAAGCUCUGAAAAUGGUUUCACUACAGCAGAAACAAAGAACUCCAGAUUUUCUAGCUUACUUCAAAAGCUACAAGACACUCAUUUUGAGCUCUACCCUGAGCGAAUAUUUAUGAAACCUGAUCUCACUGCUGCAGAAGCCAAGAAAAGGUUUCGUAGCUACGACCCUACGCCUUCUCGACUAAAAUACGUCACGGACACAUCAAGAGCGCUUUUAAAAGAGUUUGAAAACUUUGAUCCUUCGUCCAGUGAGCUGAGCUUGCGAGAAAGGAGGGCUUAUGAGCAGGCUAAAUUCUGGUUGAAGCACGUUUAUCCGCAUGGAAUUCCAUUCGGUUAUGACUACUAUGUUGGCGACUGGCUUCUCGGCCCAGAUGUAUUCUGCUGGAUGCCUAUUUGUUAUGUGCUGGAGUUUUUCGAAUUUACCAUGAAAAAUUUGAAACCAAAUAAUUUGGGUGAAAUGGAGCUUUUUCUUGAGAAGUUGAGGGAGAUUAACAAAACUUUUUCCCAGUAUGAGAGUAAUUUAAAGCUUGGGAUAAAAACUGGAAUGGUGCGGAACGUGGAAGGAUGCGAGUCGGGAUAUAACGGGUUUCGCUAUAAGACCGAGUAUCUCAGCAUCGCGUUGUACGGGCCCGAAGGCGUCUUCAACUCGACCGUAUUCGAGGCCAUCAGUAAGUUAAAUUUCUUUGCCAACUUAAGUCAAGAGGAGCGCGAAGCAUGGCGGGUAAAACAUAAUAAAUCUAUGAACGAGUCGCUCCGAGAACACUUCCUGGAGCAUGUCGGGAAACCCAUUGAUCGAGUGCUCAGGUACUUGGAAACGGACCAUAUUCAAUACUGCGUAUCAGAUGACCUUAUGCAUGGUUUUGGUAAUCUACCGCUGACACAUGUGUACCGCAACGGCACACAGGGAGCCCGAACCACCCAGCGGCUUCCUAGCGGCGAGUUGAUUGACGGGAAAGCUUCUUAUGAUAAGAUUCUAUCAUACUUCAUAUCUGGUGACACUCCGGCGAACGAUAUCCACAAACUUGGAGAGGAGCUAAUCGGUGGGUUCUACGACGAGAUCCUUGAAGUUGCUCGUGAGUUCUCCGGGGAGACUGAUAACGAAAAAGCCAGAGUUGCAUUAAUGAACAGAACUCGCCAGAACGACAUGUACUUCAGUGAUGGCGCGCUCCCGGAGAUCGAAUCAAAUGAGCGCGCGCACAGGCUGUGCAGUACAAAAGAGGCAGCGAGGAUUCACUGUCCCCUGAGAUGGGAGGCGAUUCUGAAGUGGUUCACCUACACUAGGCAGAUAAUGGCUGAACUUGAUGCGAAGACUGUGGACCAGUUUCAUUUCUCUGGCCGCAAACACUCUACGCCUAAUUGCCCUGUUAAGCUAGACGUGGAUUUUAACCCUUCCGUAGCCGCUCAGGGCUAUACCCCAAGUGACGAGAUAUGUUCUCAUGCCGCCGUCUACACCAUACCCUUCUUCCUCAAGAAAGCAGGGCCUCGCUUUGAGGAAUGGACUGUGAGCGCCCACGAGACGAGGCCUGGGCACCACUUACAGGCACAGGGAUAUAAGGAGCGCUUUCGCCCCGGUGAGAAGGGCGUGAUCAGAUGGCUGUCAGAUUUCAUCUAUUUCCUCGGAUUUCAGGAGGGCUGGGCGCUAUACGCAGAGAAUCCACUCAUUGCUAAUGAGACAGACACGUACAAAGGCAGACCUCUCCUGAAAUACGGCAUGCUCAAAUGGCAGCUCUGGCAAGCAAUCCGACUUAUCUUGGACACAGGUUUCCAUAGCAUGAACAUGACGCGCCAGGAAGCACGCAAACUUAUUAAUAAAUACACAUGGGACACCACAGAUAUUCCAGACAAGGAAAUCACGCGCUACCAGAGCCUGCCUGGCCAAGCGGCCACGUACUUGAUGGGUAAACUCCACAUCAUGAGGCUUCGCAAGAGGGCAGAGUCUAGACUCGGGGACAAGUUCAACAAGAAGGACUUCCAUUUCCAGAUUCUAAAGGAUGGUCCAGCACCAUUUGGCUUCCUGGAAAAGACCAUUGAUUUGUACAUCGAGUGUGUGUUGAAGCCUGAACGAAAGGGAUGCCGCGAUGUGUUGAGCGUCCCUACAUUCGAGGACAAUAUCGACGAUACAAACAAUAUGGAUGUGUUGAGCAUGCGCAAGCUUCAUUUUAUGCACAGACGCUGAAUUGAUUAUAAUAAAUUAUUACUCAACGGACGCAUACAAAGGACCGUGUACGCAUGCACAUAAUCGCCAUCGAAAUUUCAUGAGCGCUGUGUGUAAAGUUUGUCUCUAGUUCGAUUAUGCUGUGUUUCGCGACGUAGUAUUUGGUGUGACGUUACAGUUGUUUUAAAUAUAGUGAUGCUUGCAGUUGCAUGACGACGUGAUUUCCCGUACUUUGCGUCGCGUGACUCGAAAUAUGGGUUGUGAAAUGUUGGACUGCCAAUGUGUUGCGUGGCGAUAUACAAAGUAAAGACGUGAUGUUGCAGGUUGCGUGACAGUCUGUCCUAAUUGUUCCGUUACUUUGUGUUGUGACCAAGGUAUGUGGUGUCGUUUGACAAUAACGUGACAAUACAUUAGUACUUACUACAGACUUAUCCAGUCCUUAAUCUACGUGCUUUUCCGAUUAUUCAUUUCUGAGACAAUGUACUCGAAGAAGCGAGUUCUCCUUACUACGCUCUUAAUUUCAAACAAAAUAAACAGGAGAUAGGAAUAUAAAUAACACAAUGAUAGGAUUUACAUGAUCUCACACUUCUUUCUUCUUCUCUUUACCUUAUAAAUAUGAAGAAUGCCAUCAUAGUAAAGCGAAUUGGAUAUUUUCGGUGUUGAGAGUGAAAGCUGUCGGGAGUGGAAGUCAAACCAUGCACAUUGGUUAUUUAUAUCAAUUUUCAAAUCUACACUAGCGUUUUAUGUUAUUCACCCUUGCGCAGCAUUCAUGGGUUCAGAUCAAAUGGAGUUUUGUGCUAAACACUUCCAAAAUUCGUGCUGUAAAAGAGCAAUUGCGUUAAAUUCGCUUCUUCCCAUAAAGAUGAAUAGUUGUUGUAACUUAAAGAGAGUUGAUGACUAUGUAUUGCUCAUUAUUGAGACUCUUAUUUUCCAACAACACAUGUUCUCUGCUCGUUUCCUGUGCCAAAAGAUCAAAAUGACUCGCUUAGAAAAGCGAUAUGAGAGCAGCUAAUUACAAUCAAUAAAUCAAUAAAUUUCUCGUGGGUGGCUAAGACAAACUUUCUUACUUUUAAAAUGAUAAUAUUUAUAUAUUAUACAUACAGUUAGAUUCUAUUAGCUCUUACAAUAGUAUAUACAUAAGAAAGGGCUUAUAACAGCCCCUUGUAAUGACCAGCAAUGAAUAAACUUAUACCAGAACGUUGAGUUCUUAUC